GUAAGUUGCACGGUUCGGUAUUUAGUCCUUUCUGCAAUUUUGCAUUACUUCGUGUAAGAGUCGAUAUUUUGUCAAAAGAGUUAAUUGUACAAAAUGGACGCCACCAAGCCGACAGAAUAAAUAUUUAUAAUUUUGGAGCUCCUCAAAUCGCUGGAAGAAAAUUUUUGGUGCUAUCAAAUGUCUUGAAUCAAAGCAACUAGGCUUUUCAAUGAUCAAAAGAAAACAUGCGUUGAUUCAUUAUUAGUUGAAUGUUUUUACUACGAUACUGGUAUCCUUUAAUCCAACAUUGAAGUAUGCCUCAUAAUGGAAAAAAAACGAAAAAGAUGCCAUAAAAUUGUUGAUUUGAAAAGAAAAGAAACUAAAAGAAAACGUGAUGAAAUAAAUCAGGAGACUGACAACUCGGAGAAUAUUCAAGAAGAAAAUGCAUCACCUUCUAAGACCGAUGAUUUGAGCAAACACCAGUUAAACUCAGCGAUUAAUGCCUUGGAUGUGGAGCAAGGACUAGAAAAAAGUGCUUGCAAAAGCAAUCUAAGUGUGUUUAAUGUGAAAAGCAUCAUUCACCAUGUAUUAUCUGAUGAUCGUGUCGUUGCAAUGGCCUGCAGUGCUGCUAAUAAACAGCAAAAUAAGGAAAAGGACAGCGCAUCCAAAGAUUGUUUAUUUAAUGUUAUUGAGCCAAAGCUGACAAGAUCAAAAGUUCGUGAGGUUGCGGAGACAACUGGAACAUCUCUGGAUCCUUUGCUUGUUGUGAAAGAAAAAAUCAUCCAAUCUCCUGUUAAGAACAUCAUCUCACCUAGUAAGAAGAGAAGAUUCACACCAGUUAAAGUUAACACUCCAGUUAAACUUGAAGACAAAGGUCCAUUCAAUGACGAAGUUACAAGUGUUAAGUUGCCUUUGGCAUUUCUUCAUUUUCCUGAAUGUGAAUUGUCCGAUGAAGAAUAUGAUCCUCUAAAAGAGAACAAUGUGCAAAGUGACGAUGAUUCAGAAAGUGGACUAUCAGUGCAUUGUAAUGAUCCUGCACUUAUUACGUUCCUGAUUUUCAUUCCUUUGCAUUCAAGAAGUCCUGUAGCUCAAAGUUUUCUGGUGCGAAAUUUUCUUUGCAACCUUGCCUCUCCUGCACUUCAUCGUUUUACUUCAAGGGCAAAACGCUUGGUCAAUGAUGACGUAACUCCUAGCCUGUGUCAAGUUGACCAAUCUGUUGAUGACGAACGGGAUGAUAAAGUGGAGAUUGUACACGAGGAAAAAUCUUUGUCGCCAUUAUCGGCUUUGCCACAAACCCCUGAGAAGAUCAAUGAUGAUUUGAUUGCAACCCGAACGAGAUCGAGGUUGCCCCUAACGGAGACCAGUAUUGAAAGUAUUGAAGCACAAUUUGUUCCUCCUGAUCUGCCAUCGGAUCUUUACGAUGUUAUUACGUUGGAGGAUCUCGAAGAAGAUGAAAUUGAUUGGCAUAAAUGGUUGUAUGGUAUAAAUGCGGAAAAAGAAGCGGUAAUAGAAACGGAUGAUCCCGAAGACUCCGAGUAUAACUUCAUGGCCGAGGAACAGAAAGAAGAGAAGGAAGAAUACCGUACGGAUCGAGCUGUAAAGAUAUCACAGAAAGAACUUACAGAUCUUUUGGAGCAAUUUUUGAAUGAGUUUAGUGACGAGACUCCAGUACCUCAAUUUAAUCCAUCCAGGUCAACAAAUGACGACGAUUGCACAAUUUUUUUACGACAUCGGCAGUGUUUGGUGGAACAGCUUCAAAAGCACACGCAGCUGUUGGUGCAGAUAUCUCUACUUUCUAAAGAACAUCCAGACCUCAGUUAUGUGACGUCAUCUUGUGAGGAGUUAUUUCAAGACAUGAGUCGAAUGAAUGAUAUGGCCAGUUCUGUAUACGUAUCUCGUCUUGCUUACAAUAAGUAUGCCUUACCUCCUGUCUUCUCGUCUGUUCAACUUGAUGAGGCUCAAAGAUUGAUGAACAUCCCUUGGCCAUCACCUGUUUCGACGAAGACCACAAAAUCAAUUAAAAGCACGUCACCUCUUGUUAUCCCGGAUGAACUGAAAAAUAUAAUGACGUCAUCACCUUUCUUUGCAUACCCGGAUAUAUUACCACACGUGACUUUUAACGUGAAAAAAUCGAUACCAAGUCGGGGCGAGAAGUUUCUACAAAGCGAGGAUAAUCUUCUUGUCUUGGGUCUUGAGAAAUGCGGUCGUUCCUGGAGUGACAUCAAGAAAUGUUUUCUUCCCGUGAAGACGUUGAAUCAAAUCAAAAUAAGGCGGAAGAAUAUGUGCUCGAAGCGAGCUUACGAUAAUAUCGUCAAGGAAUUUGAAAACACGGGCAUUGUUCCUUUACUACCUCGCAUUCCUGCCAUGCCAGCGAAUGCAGAGGAAAAAACGAAGAAUUCUACACACUAUGCUGUGCGCAACAAAGAUACCACUCCAUCAUGGUACAAGAAACUCAACCCAGUUAAAGUACCCACCAAGUCAAAGAAACCAUCUCCUAUUUCGUGUAAGAAGAAAGACAAUAGAAAGAAAAAGACUAUAAAACCAUCUGAGGGUGAUGUAAACAAAAUAGACCUUAAUUCCGGAAAUUCUUCUUCUAUUACCCCUCCUUCAGUUAUUCUAUCCUCAUGCCCAUCUACUACGUCUCCGUCAAUUACCUCUUCUAUCACCCCUCCCUCAGUUGCACUAACUUCACUCCCAUCAACUACCUCUCAGUCAAUUACUUCUUCUAUCACCCCUCCCUCAGUUGCACCAACUUCACUCCCAUAUAAUGCUUCUCAGUCACCCAAUACUACUAUGCCUGCUGUUGCUACACCUUCAAGAACGACGCAUGAAAUUUCAGAGAUAACUGCAUUCGAGCUGAAAGAUGUCUCUCAAAGGACAAAAAAAGACUCAGCAUUGAUGGAAUCAACAUGCUCUCCGGCUAAAAAUACAGAUAACUUGAAGGAAACUCUUCUAUCCAAAGUUAAUGAUUCUACAGCUUCUAUGAUUAGCAAAGACAAAAACGUGUCAACAAGACAGCCUGUUUCAGCACAAAGUAAGAUGGAAAGUAAGAUGAGACCAAUAUUACCGAAUCCGAUAAGUUUGCUAAACGAAAAAGAAAAACUUCCGACUUCUACCGCUCAAUCCAAGAGCAACGAUAGCAUUGAUCCUGGGAGAUGUCGGUCAAAUAGCUCCACAACUGAAGCUGGUAAUGUUGACACAAUGCGGACAUCGAAUGCCAAGUCAGUGAUCUUAAAAAGUUCUGAGAAAGAAAAUAUACAACCACAAUUGGAUGAAAAAUCUGUUGAAAAUAGCAGAGAUUGUAAUGUUUCCGACUCGACAUCAUCUGUGGUGGACGAUAGCGAGGCUCGUGCAAUCUCAUUUGCUCAGACCUAUUUAAAUAAUGUCAAGAAAUUUGUGAAGGAACAUAGUCCAUUGUAUUUGGAAUUUCUUAAUAUUCUCACUGAGUCAAAAUCAAACUCGUGGAAACCAACGAGGUUGUACAAAAAAAUAGCUGAUAUUUUCAGUGAAUUUCCUGAAUUGGUUCGCGACUUUGUUGGAUUUCUUGAACCACAUGAAGCUUUAGAGGCCAAUGUUUUCAUGCAACACAAAGAUAUCGUAAAAGCGAGAAACUUUUUUGAAUGCUUGCAGAACCAUUUUGCCAAAAGCCCAUCUCAUUUGCAAAAAAUACUAAAAUGUUUGGCUUCGUUUGAUUUCAACAGGUCAAGCGUUAAUCAAUUUUACGACGCAAUCCUACCACUGUUGAAAGGUCAACACUUCCUAAUCGAACAAUUCAACUCCCUUUUUGACCAUUUAAAGCCGAAACAAAGUAACGUUGACGACUUCGAAGAAGUUGAAUUAGGUAGUGGAAGUGAGAUUGAGGCAGAUGACUUUGAAGACGUUAUCAUUCCUGAUAUAAAGAGAAGCUUGGCUAAGGUUUCUCAGGCUUGCAAACCAGUAGCCAAAGGGACAGGUGGACCGUUGUCAAGGCGAUUCUCUAAACCCAGAAAAGAUGAAACCGGCGAGAGAAAGGAUGGGAACCGUGAGAGAAAAGAAGGGGAUGAUGAGAGAAUUGAUGGGUAUGAUGAGAGAAAUGAUGGAUACGAUGAGAGAAAUGAUGGGUACAAUGAGAGGAAUGAUGGAUACGAUGAGAGAAAUGAUGGGUACGAUGAGAGAAAUGAUGGGUACGAUGAGAGGAAUGAUGGGUACGAUGAGAGGAAUGAUGGAUACGAUGAGAGAAAUGAUGGAUACGAUGAGAGGAAUGAUGGGUACAAUGAGAGGAAUGAUGGAGAAGAUGAGACAAAAGAUGGCGACGUUGAGAGAAGCGAUGGAUACGAUGAGAGAAAUGAUGAAAAUGUCGAUGUUUCAGAGAAGUACGUUGAUGUCACGGAAGAAUCGAUUGAACUUUCUGUGAAUAACAAUGAUGAAAUUCCCCCGAUGAUCUGA